UCACCAGGGAGCUGGGGUGUAAUGUUUGAGAGACAGACAGCAAGAAUAGAAAGUACAGGGGGGGGACAGAAGUGUGGACGAAAGAGAGAAAGAGAGAGUGAGUUCCUCAUAAAUCGUCAGAACUGCGAGAGAUCUUCUCAUAACAGAAGAGACAGAGAUCAGACGAGGCUGUAUCUGCACUACAGCUGAGAACAACUCAAGACACAGCAGAGGGUCUAGAAGGAACCCCAGUUAGACAAAGUGAGGAUAUCACUGACUUAACAUGAUGGAAGCGGUCCUAACCAGACUGCGGGACUUCUCCUGCAAGACCUCCACCUUUGAUGACUGUAAACCAGCAGGACAGAGCGUGUGCAGGGAUCCUCGGAGCAGGAGCGACUGCCUCAGCGGAGGGUGCACAGCUGGAGAGGAAGGCAGAAAACUGGACAUAGAGAGUGCACUGGCCUGGCUGCGAAGGGAACUGAUGGAAAUGAGAUCCCAGGACCAAGCCUUGAUCCGGCAGCUCAUGGAGCUUCACUCCGGCAUCCAGGAGCUGAAGCAGGAGUUGUCUGAGGAGGAGCAAGAGGAAGAGACAGACGAGGAGGAAGAGGAGGGCAGCUACUGGGACUCUGACAGUGAACAAGGAAGCGGCAGCGCCUACUCUAGCUCAGGGGAGGUGGGCUCUUCCAUUUCCUUCCUGAAGAUGCCACCGCAUAUUUACUCACGGGUUUUAUCGAAGAGAGCAUUCAGCAGGAGAAGCUCUGUGCCUUGAAAAUUCAAAAAACUAUUAGAAAAACUUUUGGAGUCUCUCCUCAACUUCCUCAAAUCCUCUAAGGCAGUCAACAAAGACAGGGUGGAGCAAAAUAAAUAUGCAUACAUUUGCAAUAUCCCAGACAUAAUUUCACUUCCCUGUCUGUAGUAUUUUCCGGAAAGAAGCCAGACAAGAGGAUAAGUGGAGUUGAGGGAAGAAAAAAAGAAAGCAUGUGGUUUCAUGCUUGUCAUGGCUUAUAUGUUGACGCUAAAGUCAUUUUAAUUUAAAGGACCAGUGUGUAGGAUUUAGUGUCAUCUAUCAGAUUGCACCCAACCUCUCCUUGUGUGUAGGACAAACUACAGUGGCUGCAAAAAAUUUAAAAGGCCCUAUCUAGA